AUGAAGAGACUUGCCAAAACACAAAGAAGUGCUUCUAUUUUUAACAAAAAAACAAAAAGUGUUUUGGGCCUAGUUUUAGGGUUUGCUUUAAGUCUCUUGGCACUCUCAAAAAAUCCAUGAAACCUUGGGUGAUCACAUUCAGAAGCCCGUAGACAAGAAAGAUGCUCAUCGAUUCAUUCCAAUCCAACCUACGCCCCACCACAGCCUCCAAGUUACAAACCUGACGCCAUUCUCCAUCCUUCCAUCUCUAUCCACUCAUCCAUAUUCCGUAUUCUCUUUCACUCUCCCCUCGCUUCUUCUUCUUCUUCUCUGAAAUCCAAAUCCUCAUAGCGUUGCAUUAUAUUCGUUCACAUGCAUAGUGGUUCAUUCACGUGGGAAUUGGCGGUCUUUGAUUAUCAAAAUCCAUGAAAUUCGGCAAAGAAUUUAGGACCCAUUUGGAGGAAACACUCCCAGAGUGGAGGGAUAAGUUCCUUUGCUACAAGCCCCUCAAGAAGCUCCUCAAGCACUUCCCCGCCGACGAUGAUCAUCAACGGCCCGCGAACGCCGAUGCCGAUGUCGCCGUUGAUGGCGCUGAAUUGGGUCGAGACCAGCGCGGAGAGCAGAGGCUGUUGGACCACCAGGAGUGGUUUGUUAGGAUUCUCAACGAAGAACUCGAAAAGUUCAAUGAUUUCUAUGUGGAUAAAGAGGAAGAGUUCAUUAUACGCUUGCAGGAGUUGAAGGAAAGAAUUGAGCAAUUGAAGGAAAAGAGCUGCAAGGGUGGAGUUUUUGCAUCAGAAAGUGAAUUUAGUGAUGAAAUGAUGGACAUCCGCAAGGACUUUGUCACCGUUCAUGGGGAGAUGGUGCUUCUUAAAAAUUAUAGCUCCCUAAACUUUGCAGGUUUAGUUAAAAUUUUGAAGAAGUAUGAUAAAAGAACGGGGGGAUUGUUGCGCCUUCCUUUUGCACAACUUGCUCUUCAUCAGCCCUUCUUCACCACAGAACCUCUCACAAGGCUGGUGCGGGAGUGUGAGGCAAAUCUAGAGCUACUUUUCCCAUUAGAAGCUGAGGUUACUGAAUCCACUGCUUCUCCUUGGGAUCAGACAAACCUGCGACUGAAAGGUGCUACGAGUUUCUCACAAGGUGCAUCAUUGACAAUUGGGGAGGAAACACUGGACAUAUACCGUAGCACCCUUGCUGCCAUGAAAGCCAUACAGGGCCUCCAAAAAGCAAGCUCUACCUACAAUCCAUUGUCAUUUGGACCCCACUUUGCAAGAGUGAAUGACGACAGUUCUGGUUCCGUAACAGCUGAGCACACUCCAGCUGCCGUGGAUCGUUGCCAGGAAGCAGAGGAAGAUGAUGCUCAUUCUAAGUAGAGUUUCCAUCUGGGCUUCAAAAAUUGCUUCUUCCAAAUGUUUUCUUGUAAAAAUUAGUGGCUGGCUUUGUACAACUAGAUUUUUUUUUUUUUCAAAAAACUUUCAAUAAGCUUCAAAUCAAGUAUGCGUGGCUGCCCUGUCCAGAGAAGAGCUAGUAGGCAGUUGAUCUGUAGUUUGCUUCAAUGAUGUUUUAGAAUCAGACGUUAAUAAAUCUUCCUCUUUUUCUUC